AUGUGUAUAAGAGACAGGUCGUACGGANGUGGCGUGCUAGUGCCGUGUGGCGUGCUAGUGCCGUGUGGCGUGCUAGUGCCGUGUGGCGUGCUAGUGCCGUGUGGCGUGCUAGUGCCGUGUGGCGUGCUAGUGCCGUGUGGCGUGCUAGUGCCGUGUGGCGUGCUAGUGCCGUGUGGCGUGCUAGUGCCGUGUGGCGUGCUAGUGCCGUGUGGCGUGCUAGUGCCGUGUGGCGUGCUAGUGCCGUGUGGCGUGCUAGUGCCGUGUGGCGUGCUAGUGCCGUGUGGCGUGCUAGUGCCGUGUGGCGUGCUAGUUCCUGGCGGUGGGGCGGCGGGCUGCGGGCUGCUGCUGCAGGUGGUGGGCCUGACGGCGGACGUGGCGGUGGCGGGGGACCUGCCCACCCACGUCGCCCUCAUCGCCCUCUCCUGCGCCCUCGUCUCUGGGGUUGCGGUGGGGCGCCUGGAGCAGCAAAGGGCGCCGCCCCCCGCCAAGGGGCCGCAGUUCGCCGUCAUGGGCGCCGCUGCUGCACGUGUGGCGUGCGCACGUGUACUGGAGCACGUGUGCCGCGUGCUCGCCGUGUACUGGCACGUGCUGGAGGACGAGCCCCCCACCCCCCGCACCUCCCCCUCCCUGCUCUCCACCUCCCCCCUCGCCGACGCCGCCUCUCCCCUUAGGAGGCGGCCACGUGGAGGGAGUCUCGACCCCGCGCCUCCUGCAGACAGUAGGACACAGGAGAGCGAGAAGGAGACAAAAGGCAAGCCCGACAUGGGCAGCUUCGUGCAUCUGCCGCAGUACUGCCGCCUCUACGAGGUCCUGGCGAGCGCCUACAGCAGCUACAAGAUGUCAGUGUGCGUGCUGAGCGAGCAGCGCGUGGGCGCUGUGCUGCGUGCUGCGCUGAGCGGGCUGUGCUGCGUGCUGGAGGUGCUCAGCACUCCCGACGUGCUGCCGUGCCUGGACCAUCUGCUGCUGUGCUGUACAGCUGCUGCACAGUUGCUGCCCCAGCACGCAGUCGCUGCUGCUCGUCAGCUGGUGAAGUGUUUGUUCAGUAGCAACAUCGCCGCUCAGUGGCACACCAUUUGCCCUGCACUUGCACCUGCCCCUGCAGCACCUGCUGUAGGUGUAGGAGGCUCGAGCAUCUACACGUGCGCCACGCAUCUGCCUCUGCAGCAGUUCAGCGCCGAGGUGGCAGCGCUACAGCGGCCCUGCGCUCUGGGGAGCAGUAGGGGGCGCAACGCCCCCCGUCCCCCGCCCGCCGUUAGGCCAGGCCUCAGCGGCUACAUUCGCCUCUUCGAGCCUCUCGUCAUCCGCGCCCUCAACCUGUACACGGUUUCCAGCUGCGUGCAGCUGCAGAAGCAGGUGCUGCAGCUGCUCGUGUGCCUGGUCCACAUCCGCGUCAACUAUUGCCUCCUGGACGCCAACCAAAUAUUCUUGCGAUACGUCGUGAGGCAGCUGGAGCAGGUGGAGGAGGGCAGCCUCAGGUGUAUUCACCCCUGCAAGGAUUCCGGGGUAAUGGUUAUGGGAGUUUUAAAUUUCCUGUACCUCCUCAAAUGCCCCAUCACAUUUUACGUUCCAGGCAGCUUCUGUCUCAGUGACGCCGUAGGCUCACCUAGCACGUAA